AUGUCUAACUUACCGGGCUCGCCGAUCGUUUCCAUCUACGAUUUGCUGCUGGAACGCAAGAUCUUAUUGGCCGGUAAAAGGCCAUCAGUCAGCAAAGAGAAGAGCGGACCUGAAAGCCAAACAAUCGCCGAGACUUUAACCAAAGCCAAGGCAAUCAGCAGGAGUAUCAAUGAGUACCUAAGCUGCUCGUCGGAUGGGGAAGCCUUGCCAACGGCGAGGCCAUCGAAAGUCACGGCCAAGCACCUGACCAAGAAGCGGACGGGGGUCAUCAUGCAGCAGCCCACCCCGAAGGAAAUCAUCGUCAGGCUGCCCAAGAAAAUUGCGCCCAGGAUACUCAGUGGGAAGUCCAACUCUAUAACCUCUUUGACAAAAAGCAACUUUGAGGCCUCCACAUCGAAGCGAGUGACGGGCACGCGCCUCAAGAAAAAGAAGAAGAAAGUGUCAGUCUGUGCAGCAUCGACAUCAAAGGCGACUCUGUCUGGAGCUUCCACACCGAAGGCUCACCUGAUCAACCACUCUGCUGACCAACGUAUGCCCAUGUCACCACGGAAGGCAGGCGGCGAGAUCCCGGCACGCGUCAAAACAACCACAAUACCAAAACUUAAUAGCCCCAAGACUUCGCAGACCAAGUUGCGCGUGAAGGGACGCAAGUCGAAAGUUUCCAUAAGCACCAGCAACACGCCAACGACUCCCAGUAGUGCCAAUCGCUGGCGCAUCUGA